GAGAGUAGCCUAGUGGCUGCUUUGAAAGCAGGCAGUUGGACCAGUAAAAUAUAGAUAUGAAAGGGUUUAACUCCUCCCCUCUCCCCCUACCGCGCACUCAUUUCACAUGGUAAAAGCCUGGAAAAUCAUAAAAGGAAAUCUAAAAAAGAUUCCCGAAAAAAGGGAAAAGUCCUUAGAAAAUUGCUUCUGCCGAAGAUUAACAGCACUCACACCAAGCCUGUUUAUUGUUUGCAUCCUGGGCGUGGAGCAUUCUCCUUUGAUCAAGCAGAUGGAGUUACUCUUUUUAUUUGUGACAGUUGGAGUACUUCUGACACUACCUGAUUGUUUAAUGGGAUUAACGUAUAAUGUUCAAGUCACACGUUCAUCAUCUUUUUCCUGCACUUCAAAACAUUUAAUAUGGAAAAGGAAUGAAAUGAUUAAAUUGUAUCUUGGAGCAGGACCCUUGGAAGUCGACUGUGAAUUAAUUGGCUCAGUUGAUACUCAGGAGAACAGAAACAGGCUUUUGAGACAGUACACAUCAGUGGGACUGGCACCCAGUCUAAGAAUCGUGAAUAGCACCUAUUCCAGUGUCUUCCACUUUAAAAUGACUCUGGACAUGUCCUGGACUAUUAAAAUCCCAAGAAACACAAUAGUUGUAGGUACAGAUAUUGCUGCAACGGAGGAAUGGUUUGUAACCAUCGCACUACAUGAUGGAUUAAAUAUAUUUUCUACUGAAGGGACACUCUUGGAUAUUUUCCGAGAACCUAUUCUUCAGUGGCAACUUGGAGAAAUCAUGGACCCCUCUGAAGUUAAAGACAUAAUACCACACUUGACAGCUCUCACAUUGACUCAAAGCCCCUGUGCAAGUGAUGUAGGAAUAAUUGGACUCAUAUGUGAAAAUAAUUUUCCUGGCAUCGUCUUAGCCCGGACAUAUUCUGGAUUUCAGUCUGAAGAUAUAACCUGGUUCAAUUUGACUAACAACCUCUGUAAUAUAUUUGAAGAAAUAUGUAUUGACUUUGUACUUGUGGAUAUCAUUUUAACAAAUCACCAUUUUGUAAUCCUCUCAUCUUGGGGCCUUUUUAUAAGUGAAGAUCUCCGUUAUCCAAAGGGCCAAAUUUUACAGUUUUCGAGAGCAAACUUCUGUGGUUUUGAGAAGGAUGACUAUAUUACAUCAAGAAUAUGGUAUAAUAUCCAGUGUCUAGCUAACAAGGAGAGUUUUGAAGAUGAUUAUAUUAGUAUCUCCUUUGACAAAGAUAAAACAUUAAGCCAGGUAGCUACGUGUUUCUAUAGUAAAGAACCAUUUACUGAAUGGCACAGUUGCCUUCCUUUUUCUAAAAAGGUGGGCAAAGUCCUCUCCAGAAGAGUGGUAUCAUUUCUUGUGGACAAUGAGAAGAAGUGUGGAAUCAGUCUUUGUAAAACCGAGACAAGGGUAUUUGUUUCUGUGAACAAGGGAAUUGGUACCACACACUCAAAGAAGAGAUAUUUCCCGAUAUUCACAUUCCCCGACGCUUCCUUUGAACCCGUUGGAAUGUUUUUCCAUCCAAGAAGUCACUUUCUCUAUGUUUACGGCAAUCAGGUUUGGCUUUCGGUGGAUGGAGGCAACACCUUUGAUUUGCUAGUCCGUUUGCCUGGGGAGUUAAUUGUGAAGAUUCAUGAUUGUGUUUACACUCAAGAAAUUAUCUUUGUCACCAAGGCUGGAAUAUUAUACAUCACUAAGGCAGGAUUAGGGAGAUACAGCAAACUUGGCCAUUCCACAGUACAGGUUUUCUCUUUGUACUUUAACCACUUGGGAAAUUUACAUAUAAUUUAUUUAAAUGCCAGCAAAGAUGAUAUUUUAGAAGUUUAUUCAGCAAGGGUUGAAGGUACAGUAGUCCAGGAUACUGAUUUGAGCUUUCAAACCCCACUUGCUAUCCAGUAUAUUAGUCUGAAAGAAGUGUUAUUGUUCAGUCUGAAGUCUGAAGAUGUUGAUGCAAGAUUUUUUAGCAUUCAUAAAGGCAAACUGCUGACAUUCAGCCCUUCUGGAUCAUUGGUGAUAGAGAAAGUUUUCCAACAUGAUUAUCCCCCAGGUUAUGCAUCCUCUGUCUUUGCAACCAUUGUAGAGAAGAUUCCUGUUAACACCCUGAAGGAAAGCCCUUGUUUGAAUAGCUUUCUAACUGUUUCGAGAAAUUCAAACUCAACCUUUACACUCACUACCCAACCAAAUGAUUCAAAACUGAAGUCCAAUUUUAAAGUCUCUGAUAUUGAGAAGACUGUGGUGAUUCCCGGUUACAGCAGCUUCCUAAUUUUUGAGAUUAUAAAUAACAAUUCUGCUUUAGCCUAUGCUACCAUGCCAGAGAGAAUACCUCUCCAAACCAUGCCAAAAGACUUCUGGUUUAUAUAUGACUUUGGAAUAAAGGCUGGGAGGAAGUGGAAAAUUUCUCAAGACCCUUGUAAUUACUGGUUUCAACAUAAGAACAAUCAAUCAUUAAAUGUCAUUAAGUACGUUGAUCUGGGGAAAACUAAGAAUUUUACAUUCAGAACCAUCCCUAUUAGACAAGCCAUAUCAGAAUUCCAAAUGCCACUUCUAGAUGUAAUAGUUGGAAAUCCAACCUUGCUGGAAGUAAAAACCAAACAGUAUUGGGAUGACAUUGACAGUUAUACAAUGGAAAUCUACGUCAAGAGCAAAUUUCUCCAAAAAGGUUCAACUUCAAUUGCGAUAGUUAUCUGGAAGGCAUCAAUAGAAUGUCCUGUAACAACAGUUAUCCUAACACUGAAGAGCAGUUGUAGUUAUGGUAAAAGAAUGAUAUUUGCUUCCCAUGAGAAAAUGAUGCACCCAAAUUCAACUAUGGGUCAUGAGAGUGAAUAUGACACAAAAAUGAAAAAAUUACCGGUGAACUACAGGCCUCCAUCUAAUUUGGGAAUAGCAAUCCCACUCACGGAUAACAUCUAUAAUGCAGAUCCUAGCAAAGGCAGACCUAGAGACUAUUUUCCCAAAUCUCGACUUACAGGCAAAUACAAACAGUGUGCUAACAAGACCUCUCGAGCUGAAUGCAAUUGCACGGAAAACCAGAAGUUGUCAGACAAUGUUGCUUUCUCGGACUGCAAAGAGGAGGUUCCACGUCAGAAGUUUCCUGUUGUCAAAUAUCCUAUCAUUUUGGGAAUCGUGAGUGAGGAUGGGUGGAUCCCAUUGGAACCCCCGUAUCUUAUCACUAUGACAGAAGUGAACAACAGGGAAACCUGGAAGCUAAAAGAUAACGAAUCACUGGGCGUGGAAAAAAUGAAAAAGUAUUUAAAAGAAGAAAAUAAACUUACGGUUUACAAUCCAAAGGGCCUGAACCUAAGCAUAAUGGGUUCUGAGCUUUUCCAUUUCAGAGUGACUACUGUUCCUGGAGUCACCUUUUGUCCCUUAGUGGUGGAAUUUCAGAUUUAUGUUGAUGAGGUGCCAAUAGCAUUUCCAGGACGCUCCCUUAUUGCCACGACAACAGCUAUAUUCCUGGGAGGGUUUAUCUUCGUAACAUUCUUGAUAAAAAUGUAUAACAUACAUGCAUGGGACAGUUUUAAAACUAUGCUAAUGAAGAAGGUCAAAAUAUCUGUAUCAUCUUCCUCUCUCUCAGGACAAUCUUUCUAGACAUAAAUUUGCAGGGUGAAAUGUAUAGAAUGAAAAUACUGGUGAAGUAAUAUGCAUUUUACCUUGGAAAUAUUCUGGGCAUUUCAAAAUCUCAUCUCCAUCACAAGGUGUUGGUUACUAAUUAUACACACUAAAUAGCCGUGCUACUGAUUCACCUUUUUCUGGCAUUUCAGUCUGUUUUUGGUAAAUCUUUUACUUUCUGUUACACAAAAUCCCUUUUUGGAAACAUAGAGGACAUUGAACAGGUCAAGAUUUGAAUGUAUAGUUUAUUUUCUUAAGUUUCUAGAAUAUAGUGAAGCCUUUUAGGUUUGGGGGAGUUUCUGAAUUUUCCUGCCCCCUUCAGCUCUUUCUGUCUUAUUGGUAAUAGUACUAUGUUGGGAUGAAAGAAGAGGGAUAAUAAAAAAGUUUGGUUUUAAUAAAGAUGUUUGUAUGGA